AUGAUAGGGGAAAUAUGGCUGCGAUGGAUGAGGAACAGUUUGCAGCGCUUCAGAUCUUAUUGAAAGCUUCGUCAAAGGAUGUUGUCCGGCAGUUAUGCCAGGAGUGCUUUUCAAGUCCAGUGAGUGGCUCAGACAAACUGACUGAGAGCACCUGUGCCACUCUCUCAGUUGCACCAAAUGAAGCAAAUCAGCUAAUCCGUUCUUUGCACAACCUUACAAGGCACACAGUUUACCAUGGCCUGACCUCUCCAGAAGAAAUUCUUUCCCUCUUUCCAGAAGGAUUUCACCAGAACCUUAAAAACCUCCUGACCAAGAUAAUUCUGGAAAAUGUCUCUGCCUGGAGAAACGAAGCCCAAGCCAGUCAGAUUUCCCUGCCCCGGCUGGUGGAUAUGGACUGGAGAGUGGACAUCAAGACCUCAUCAGACAGUAUCAGCAGAAUGGCUGUCCCUACCUGCUUGCUACAGCUGAAGAUUCAGGAAGAUGCUGCCUUGUGUGGGAAUGACUUCACAACCUCUGCAUUGACAGUAGAGUUGAAUAAACAAGCAUUGGACACUAUGCUAGAUGGCCUGGGAAGGAUUCGGGACCAGCUUUCUGCUAUUGCAAAUAAAUAAUCAUAUGAAUAAAGAAUUGUAGGGACCAUUCACAUGAAGAAAAGAACCUUCUUAUCCUGGGUAUGAUGCUUUACAAACAAGCCAUCUUUUUUUGUUUUUCCAUAACCAAUUUUUUUUAAAAUAGUUUGGACUUUUUAAACAACAUAGGGUUGCUGUAGUUUUCUUCAGCAGCAAAGUCUUCAACAUGUACCUGGUCUGGUGCCCGAAAUAGGUUUCUAAUGUCAAUCAGGACCUCAACUUGUCUGUAUUCCUAGAGAGGCUCACAACUCAGCUUAAUCACAAAGCUUGUAACAGGAAAGAGAAGAGAAGUAGCCAGUAAAGCGGACUCUAUCUCCUCAGUCUGAAAUUAGGGAACUGAAAGCAUGAAUGCAGCUAAUAGGCCAGCUUCCAGCCUUAACACACUUUUGAAAGGUAUGUGCUGAAGAGCGUGGGAUAUGAGACUCCUCUUCGCUGAGGCGCAGCUGAAGAAACGAAUAGCUGUGGAGCUUUGUGUUCUGUCAGAGAUGGCCACAAAAAUUCCUUGUGUGAACUCAAUUUCAAGUUAAAGGGUUGGAAUGAAUUUAGUAGCAAGUAGUUACCACCGUGUAAUGGAAAAGAGAAAGUUUUUGUCACUUUGCAUUGGAUUUAACGGGACGUGGGAGUCUGUGAGAGACUUGGAUGUUCCAAAAAAAGGUUGCUAAUGGCAACUGGUUCCUGUAGCAACAGUGUCACCACGCUGCUUAUGAAAUAUUAAGUGUUCCAUUAAAAAAACCUGGACUUGA